UUAAGUUAUACACAUUCCAGAAGACACAUCAUUCUUGUAAGUCUUUUUUCUCUCUCUCAUAAUUCUUAGUGUAAGAGACUUGAUCAAAGACAUGGAAAUGAACUUGCAACCCCAAGUUGUUAAUGAGGUUGUUUUUGAGGGAGAAGAUGGUGCAUAUUACAGUUGGUCACCUUCAAAAUUACCAGUUCUUGAUGAGUCUAAGGUUGGUGGUGGGAAGCUUGUUUUGCAGCCUCGUGGCUUUGCCUUGCCUCACUAUGCUGACUCCACCAAAAUUGGCUUUGUUGUUCAAGGGUGUUGUACAGUGGGAAUGCUAUUUCCCAACUCCAGUGAAAAGGUCUUGUUGAUCAAGAAAGGAGACGUCAUUCCAGUACCACUCGGGGCAGUCUCGUGGUGGUUCAACGGAGGAGAUUCCGAGAUGGUCAUGGUGUUCUUGGGUGAUACAACUACAGCCUACAUUCCUGGCCAAUUUACCUACUUUCUCUUGACCGGAGCCUUGGGGAUCUUGAAUGGUUUCUCAACUCAACUUAUCAGCAAAUCUUAUAAUUUAACCGAAAACCAAUCAAACACUUUAGUUAAAAAUCAAUCCGGGGUUUUGAUUGUCAAGCUUGGAGAUGAAAUCACAACUAUGCCGAAACCAAACAUUGAUGAAAAUGAUCAAAAACUAUUUCUUGGCAUAGACGAUGUUCUCGCUGAUAAAAUCACUGUAAAAGAUGCUGGUGCAAUUUCAUGUUUCACAUCAGCAAAUUUUCCUCUACUUGAACAAGUUGGACUUAGUGCUACUUUUGUGAAGCUAGAGAGCAAUGCAAUUUAUGCCCCGAAAUUCGCAUCGGAUUCAUCUGUUGAAGUUGUUUAUGUGGUGGGAGGUGGCGGGAGGGUUGAAAUUGUGGGAGUUAACGGACAAUCUGCUCUGAAUGCUGAGGUGAAGGAAGGGGAGUUGUUUGUUGUGCCCAAGUUUUUUAUUUCAGCACUAGUGGCUGAUGGGAAGGGAAUGGACUUAUUUUCUGUCAUGACUUCUUCCAAGCCUGUAAUUGAGCGCUUAGCAGGGAAUACAUCAGUGUGGAAGAAUAUGUCUCCGGUGGUUUUACAAGCUUCUCUCGACAUUGCUCAAGAAUUCGAACAGCUUUUUAAGCUAAAUAUCGAAAACAGCAACCUUCUUAUCCCCGGAAGUAAUUAAACCCAUUUAUAUGGGAUCGUUUGUAGUUCUCGUAGAAAAAUACUAUGAAUAAUAAUUAAGGGUUCGGAGCUCUUAAACAUAAAGCCGGUUACAGCACUUUCAAAUUCCUUAUUAUGGGGCAGUCUUGUGCAUAUAUCUUGUACUUGUAUCAUUUGUAUGAUCUAAUAAAAAUAAUAUUUUAUAUA